UAAUAUAAGCAUCUUAACGAUUUUCGUUAAAUAAAGCCAGACUCAGAAAAACCAGUAUUUUGGAAGUCUCUGAGAACGUAAAUUCAGUUGGAUUUGAUAUUUCUAGGUUAUUUGCCUGGAUCAGCUACGUAUCUCGUGACAGCAGUUGGGUUCGUGAAUGUUUGACUCUUAAGCGACACAACUCCUCCAAAGAACGGUUUUCAUCGAAGUCUGUUUCCCAUAACAUCUUCUGUCUACUUGUCUUUCACAUCCACUUUGUGCGUGGAAAAAGAGAGCCGACCGGCUCCAUCUUCUGAACCGUCCCAACGUCUGGAAGGAUUAAGCUUUUAGUACUAUUUUGUUCGUUUCCGGACGUGAUUGAUUUAGUUGCUUGCUUUCUAUCAUUUUCAGCGAGGAUUUUUCGAUAUAGAUUGCCUUACUAGUUUUUAUAUUUCGACUCCUACUUGCAAAACUUGUGUUUUAAUUUGUGACUAACGUCCAUCCUUGGAUUGCUCAUCUUGAUAGCUUUUCUUUAGUAUUGUGGAAUUUUUACUUUGAAUAUUCUUAGGAAAGGUAUAGAGUCAUUUAUUGUAUGCUUGAUAACCUACAAGGAUCUGGAACUUUCAAAGCAACAUUAAGAGUCUUGUGUACAAUAAUUUCUUUAUUUACUUUCCCUCCCCAUCUGGUUUGCAUUGCAUAACGCGCCUAGUUGGACAAUCAUCUGUAGUGUUUUAUUUUUUUUUCCUAUUCAUUUUACAGUUUGUUGCAUUUCAUUUUCCCUUUUUUUGAUUGUGGUUAUUCCUUUCUGUAGUUAGAUUUGUUCUUGGUUUAAAUUUGAAUCGUUUGCGAUUUCUCCCCCUUUUCUCACUUUCGUUUGAGCGUUCUUGAUUACAUCGUUUGUCCUUUGUUUCGGUAAUUUUAUCUCUAUGAAUUCCAUUCCAGAUUCCUACUCCUUAAAACAAGAUUUUCCCGAUGCUUUGGGUGAUUUUGUCGACCCUUCUCACCCUCAAAUGCGGAUGAAUUAUAACCAUCCGUCAGCAUCGGCGUCUGUCUCUUCGGUUCCUCCUGGCCAGCCCGCUCCUACAAGUGCUGCACCAGAUGUUGAUCCUUCCACUGUAAAUCCUUAUGUUCAAAAUACUUCUCUGGACAUUUCCAGCCCAUUUGAUAAUGUUACCCAGGGGUUGACUGGUGCUGAUGCUGAAGCUCUCGCUGAAUAUUGGCAGAAAGCCAUCGAUACACUGGAAAAUAAUGACCAGGCCAUCAAAACAUUGCAUCUUCCAUUGGCCCGUAUCAAAAAGGUAAUGAAAACCGACGAAGAGGUCCGCAACAAAAUGAUAUCCGCUGAAGCUCCUUUCCUCUUUGCCAAGGGAAGCGAAAUUUUUGUUACCGAACUGACAAUGCGUGCUUGGUUACUCGCAAAGAAGAACCAGCGACGAACUCUUCAGCGAUCCGAUAUUGCCAAUGCCAUCUCAAAAUCCGAAAUGUAUGAUUUUUUAAUAGACAUUAUUUCAAAAGAUAAUGUUUCUCCUGCCCCUUCAGUAUCUCAAUCUCAAGUUGUUAACCAGUCUACCGCGAUGCCUUCAACCCCCUCUGUUUCUGGAAUUCCCUCUUAUCCUGGACAAUCCGGAAUGCCUUCUCAUUCGAUAGGUUACCCUAUGGGAUCCGGUGGUGUUCAACCUGCGUACUCCUCUCAAAUGGCAGCUGCUAACCAAAGGGCGAUGCACUAUGGCUCUCAUCCAGCCUCUGGGUAUUUGCCUGUUCAAGAAAUGGAACAAUCUCUCAUGUUUAAACAACCAGGUAUGGGCCCUGAUUACCAACAAAUGCAAAUGCCUGAAGCUUCUAUGAACAUGGCUCCCGUGAAUGCUCCGCGUCCCGUCAUGGUCGCUCCGUAUAUGGCUGAGCAUCUGUAUCGAUACCCUCCGACUCAUUUAGAAUCCGGAACAUCUGCUUUCCGGUUUCCCUCAGGCAUGAGGUAUCAACAAAUGGGACCUCCCAUACAAGGCUUACAAAGGGAAAAUAUAGGACCUUCGCAUUUACAUGAGCAUCCUGCGUAUGCACACCCUCCUCAUCAGUCUUCUCCGCCGCAACAUUAUGACCCUCAACCUCCUCAACAACCACAACCACAGCAACCCCAACAAAGAUUCUAUCCUCAACCCAGUCCGAUGUUUUACCAAUCACAUCAACCUCAAGGCCUUCAUAAUCCGAAUGCUGUUCCUUAUCGAACUCAACCGCAUCCCAUGUCACGCUUUUCUCAUCAAAACCAGUAAAACUGCUUUUCUACAAAAUUAUCAAAAGUUCUUUUUAUUUAAUGCCUUGAGGAUUAUAUUUUGUUUGCUAAACAAACAGUUUAAUUUGCUAUAUGCGGAAACAUCUCGAAAUGUUGUUUCCGAACCUUUUAAAUUCUAUAAUAUUCUUGUUCCGGAGUGUGUUUUACAAAACGUAGGUACUCAAACAUUACUUAGAAAGACAUGGAUUCUAUGACACUUUUAAUUAUUAUCUUUUUGUCUAUAUUUUGACUUGAUCUAUCCUCAAUACACCAUUUUUUGUAAUGACCUGAGAGCUAUUUUAACAACUCAAACUUAUCUUCCUCUUUUCUUUUAACAAUACAGCAAUGGUUUUCUAUUUCCCCAAAUAAUACCUACCUUCCAGACUCCGCGCUAACAGGGAGAUCUCAUAUUCAUAUUCCAUCAGAAGAUUGGCAUACAGUUUCUAACCAUAUUCGAUCAACUAUAUAUACGUAUAUUGGCAAUGUUUUGGAUCAUUAAAAGGGUAGUUGCUAUUACUAUAGUCUAACGGCUAAUACACAUUUAGGCCCUUCAAGCUAAACGGUAUUCAUAAAAGAACAACCAAGACUAGCUGAAAGGCCACCAACCAUGGCCACUGGAACUCGAGGUAAUGAGUCCAGCGGUGCAUGGCAGCUUAUUCUACUCCUGCACCAGAACUACACAGUUGAUUAAGGAGCAACUGGUAGGCAGAAAGAGGAGAUACUUUUGCUGAAAUCUGCAAACUGCUUCAGUUAUUCAAAGUAACAGCAAGUUGCACCUAGAAGAUUUUAAACUACGAUUUCUUCUAUCAUUAAACUAGAAAUUAAACUCCUGUCUAGCAACCCACAAGCUGCAACAUUACUGCUGCUUUUAAAACUUUUAUGUCUUCAUAUUGGUUUAUGAAUAAUUGACAAUAUGAAGAACGUAAAGUAAAAGCUAUCAUCUUCAUAUAAACCUUGGCCUGCAUAUCGUGACUGUUUUUGUUUAUAGAAAAUUUUCAGUAUGCGCUGAAUCACGGAGAUCUCGGAUUUUGAAUUAUCAAGGAUUUUAUCUUUAGUAAUUCGUUUGCAUAAUCUAUAUUUUUAUAUAUAGAAAGAGACAGGGAAUCUGCAGAUAUCUUCAGU